AUGGAGAUGUACAUCCCCCCACCACAACACUACCUGCCGCGUCUGCCGCCGGUUCGGCCUCCCCUGCCCACGGUCCCUGUGGUGCCCACCCCGGACCUGCCAGAGAUGUUCACCGCGCCAGAGGGCAGCUACCACCUGGCCAAGAACUACUUUCCCGAGGUCGAGCUUCCCGGUCCUCUGCCAUCCGAGUUGCGGCCGGGCGCCAUGCCCAUCGGCGGCGGCGCGUUCAUGGGCGGGGCGGGGUUCGCCAUGGCUGGCCCCGGUUUCGCGCCCCUGCCGCCGCUCACGAGUCCCAACAUCUUUGCCGUGUCGGCGGGCUCGUCGCUUGUGAAUGGACAGUGGCAGCCGGGCCACUCGACGCGCCUGCAGUUUGCCGACGUGUGGUACCCCUCGCGCGCACCGGGCAAGGAGAGCGGGUUCGGAAACCUCAUCCGGCUGGGCAUGGGCAAAAAGGCCGACGCACCCGCCGCGCAGCCGAGCGCUGCGCCGCCGCCAGACCUCUAUGAAGACGACGACUAUAGCGACUCGGCGUCGGACGCGAGCUCGGAUGACGCACCGGCUCCGGUGGCGAUGCACGACCACCUCAGCCCGCACGGCGGCGGCGCCUCGGCGGUGCCCCUUGCCUCUGCGCCCGGCGCAAAGGGUAAAGGCGGCUUUGGCAGCAAGGACAAGAAGCAAAAGCAGGACAAGAAGUCGUUGUCGACGUCGCGUGGCGGCAUCAUUACGCGCGUGAGCCCCAACGUCAACCUCAGCGCGAUCAUGGACGAAAAGGGCAAGAACGGCGGCGAGCGUGUGCGCUGGGCGUUCUGGAACAUGGGCCGUCUCUUCGUCUGGGCAGAGGAAGGUGGCGUCACAGAAAACCUCGCGGCUAUAGUCUUCCAGCAGCCGCCGACGGCCCAUGCCAUCUCGCACCUCACCGUCGGCCCCGAGCGCCAGGACAUUGUCGUCGGCCUCGAGACGGGCGACCUUGUCUACGUCGACUUUAUCAAUGACCGUACAGAGCGCUUCAACAUUGGCGGCAAGAUUAUCAAAUCGGCCGUCACCGGUAUCCACUUUGACCCGCGCGGCGGCGACCGCUUCAUUGUGUCGUUUGCGGACAACACCGUUGCGCAGUACUACCUGUUCGCUGAGGACCCGACGGAAGCCGCCAUGGCCAUCAUCUCGGCUCUGCCCAGGCCAUGGACCAACUUCUUUGACCAAGAGGCAGGCCAGACGAAAGCCGAGGGCGCGCAGACGCCGCCUGGCGAACGCGCCGCCGCGCUCGGCAAGAUUAUGCGCUGGAGGAACGAAGAGUGGCACGUCCCAGCCAGCGAGAGGGACAAAAAGGGCGAAAAGUACCCGUGGGCAGGCAAGAACCCGCUGGCCGUGGUCCGGCUCGCGAGCAACACGGAUAUCGCUGCCAUGGCGUUUUCGCCAGAUGGCCGCUGGCUCGCGAUCGUGUCCAGGGACGGCCUGUUGCGUCUUGUCGAGACGGAGGAGAACCGCGUCACCGACGUGUUUGAGAGUUACUUUGGCGCCCUCAACUGUGUGGCAUGGUCCCCCGACUCGCGCUUCGUCGCUGUGGGCGGGCAAGACGACCUGGUGACCAUCUACUCGCCGCGCGAGUCGCGCCUCGUCGCGCGCGCACAGGGCCACACGGGCUUUGUGACGGGCAUCGCGUUCGACCCGACCAUGCGCUCCGAGGGCCGCGGAUACCGCUUCGGCAGUGUGGGCGAGGACGGCAAGCUGCUCCUGUGGGACUUUUCCGUCGCGGCACUGCGCAAGCCGCGGCACCACCAUUCCAACUCGUCGCAUUUCCGCGUCGCGCCCGCGGGGUCGACUACCUCGUUGCCACUGGCCGCGCAGCCAGAGGCGGCGCAUUACCACCCGUCCCCGCCGAAAUCCGAGGUGGCCUUGCUGCAGCCCGUGCUCGCGCGCGUCGUCGAGGGUAACCUCAUGACGAGCCUGCACAUGGGUCCCAAGACGGUUGCGACGGUCAGUAGGGCGGGGAGCAUCAAGUUCUGGACGCGGCCGCCCCGCCAGCCCAGGUCGAAGCGCGGCAGGCCCGCAAAGGACAAGAAACAUGAUGCGUAA